AUGGCCUUUGCUCCGCUUCCGCCUUCAACGAAGUCGUUCCUCUUGCUCCUCUUCCUCGUUGUACUCCCAUGUCUCUCCCACCAGCAGCGCAUCCGCCUCAUUCACCGUGAUUCCCCUGAGUCGCCUCUUUUCGACUCGAGCAGUACCACCACGGCCGAGAAGUACUGGCGGAGGAACCACCGGCGCUCGGUUGCCUACCGUGACCACUUCCAAGCAGCCCUGGAGGGCCGCCGCAAGUCGCUGACUCUGUUGGCUGUAGAAGAUGAGGAGGCCGGCUUCGAUCAGGUCGGUGGAGAAUACCUGAUGGAAUUCACCAUUGGCACCCCUCCGGUGCGGGUGACAGGGAUGGUAGAUGUAGCGGGGGACUUCAUCGGAACACAGUGCGUGCCGUGUCCCGGCUGCAGCCCGUCUCCGGGCCCGCUCUACGACCCCUCCAAGUCCUCCACACACAGCACCUUUUCUUGCUCGUCGAACGAAUGCCGUAGUCUCGAGAGGAAUAAAUGCAGUGGCGACGAUAAUUGCGAGUACAUCCAGUCCUACGCGAACGACGUCCCGACCAGCGGCGUGCUCACCCCCGACGUGUUCACGAUCAACGACGUGACCUACACUCACAUGCCUUUUGGCUGCAGCAGCGACGACUCCUUUUAUACGAGACUAGUUCCGGCAAUGGUGGGCCUCACCGGGAGCGAAAUGUUCUUGCUCGUGUUCAGAUUUAGUUCCCAAGAGUUUACCUUCUCCCACUGCUUUAUGAAGGAUUGGGAUAACCCCUUCGCGAACAGCUCCAGCGAUCUGCACCUCGGGAAGGAUGCGAGGUUGAACGGCAGGACGUCGAGCCCCCUGGCCAGGUGCCCUGUGGGCAAGGCGUCGCAGUUCUUCUCGCCCACCUUGAGAGGGAUGGGCGUUGGCCCGGAGAAUCUGAACCUCACAGAAGAGUUAGUGGGAGGCGAAUGUUCGACGGUCUUCGUCUCGUCGACGCCUCUCACCUUCUUGAGGAAGCCGCUGUUCGAUCUGGUCGUGUCCAAGGUCAGGGAACAUGCUCGCCUGCCGGAGGCGCCGCGCCGGCCAAAUGACCCUUGA